AUGGGAUCCAAACUUAGAUCCUCGCAAGAAGAUCUUGUGCUCAAAUCAUAUGGCCUUCUAGAUUCCAGCACUUUGAAGGAUCUAACAUUUUCUCUUGAGAAGGAGUUCCUCGGCAAAUGCAAAGCUUCUCCCCAAAAAUUGACCGGAAUAAAGAUUGGUGGUAAGCACCGUUCUGCUCCUCUUCCUCCAAUAAACGGUGAAUCGUCGUCUGAUCCCGUUGCUGGUACCUCAAGCCCUCUGGACUCUUACGUUAAGAGAAUCAAUGAUUUCAAACGUAAAUUGAAGAUGCUCCAUUCCAAAACUUCCCACCAGCCGAAAAAGAAGAUAUCCAUUACAGAUACGCCGGUUCACAUAGCUCAGCUCACCAGUUUACCAACCAGUAUGGGUGGCAGUCAGUCGCCAUCGCAUACCCCUCCACCUCACAACCACUCGUAUUCUUCUCUGUCUGCUUCACCAACACCAAAUAGACGUGCUAGAAGGAAGCGCGGUUCUUCAAUAGAACAGGAUUGCAUUUUUUGUAAUUUACCCUUACAAAGCACCCUAUCAAGGGACUCUGGAGAGAAGAUUAUCGAGCUAAAAUGUGGUCAUCAUACUCAUGAGCAAUGCAUAUUACUUCAAAUGCAAAUAACAGAAAACUUUUCCGAAGACCAUCAUACCAUUUCCUUUCCCGACUGCCCUGCAUGCGACCCUAAACAGAAGGCUGUGCCUUUAGGUCCUGAUACUUCUUCUGAACUCUCUACUGCAGUGUUGCUGAAUUCCAGAACAAAUUUUGUCUUGCCAGAUUUACAAUUACAGCCAAAACUUCAACCGCAACUACACCCUUGUCAAUUUUCCCCAUCGCAUAUUCCCAGACGCUCUCCAAAGCGCCAUGUGAAGAAGCAUUCACGCGGCUCUUCGAUUACUGCUAACCUUUCCACGUUUUCCUCCGCUUCAGCAGUAUCUCCGUCAUCUCCUGAUUUUAGUCUUUUUGGGUGGACUUCGAAUUAUACUAUUGAAUCACUCCGAGGGAAAUUUAUUAAAGAGCUAGAGCAAUUGUCCGAGCUCAAAGUAAUACACGUUUGUGAAGGUAACGAAGAGGUUCAUUUGUCGAGUACCCUUAUGUCUUCUUUUGGAAACCUUAGGCUCUUUGAUAAGAUGUCUUUAAGCCACGAUGCCAAAGAAUGGUCUCAAUUUUAUUGCUAUCUCUUUGAGCAUAUUUUGAUAAUAGUGAGCUGUAAGAAGCAUCUGUUCAGACUUGUCCAGAUAACUCCUUUAAUGAUUGUAGAAACCCCGUCUCGUUGGUGUGUAUCGAUUCGUGUCCCCAAGGAAAGUGAACCAGGGUUGUUUUUCAGCUCAGUUAAACCUGAUAUAUUGGAAAAGUGGAUAUCCGCAUUGAUGAAUACCAGCUGUAAAUUCACUGCUCACCUAUUGACUUCAACCAUCAAGGAAGACGAAUUCAAUGAGUUUGUCAAUGUGCCAACUGAUGUGCCUUCUAUAACUGCCGAAAGAAAUAUUGACAAGCCACGAGUUAACUCAAGGUUUUACGAGUCAGCAUUGAAAUCUCUUGUUUUUCGCAAGAAGCCUGAUAAUAUGUUGAUCAUAUUGAACAAUGACAAUGCAAAUGCGAAUCCAAGCUUUCUGGUGUCGAUAACAAAUAUUCUCAAGAGUUUGUUGUUAGUUAAAAUUGACGUUACCUUAGUCCUAUGUUCAACGGACAAUUUUACAGUUCAAAGCUCUGUUAUUAGUACAUAUCAUCUAACAGACGAAGAGUGUUUUGGUAAGGAUGGAUUACUGUUAGAAAGAAUUGGCAGGUAUCAGAAGCAGGUGAGUUCAGAAUCAUUUAAUAGGAGUCAAGGAGAAGAAAUUGAAACCGUUGACUUGGUAUCCAAGCGGUACUUGCAGAAAAUGACUGCAGCCACGUUGGUAGUUAUUUCGAGUGCCUCAUUGAACGAAUAUGAACCUCCGGAUGAUUCUGAUUCAGUUCUUAUUGAGGUGAAUUCAGCCAAUGAUGUAAAGGGUGGGCCCGACGUGAUCAAAUUAAUCAAUUGGGAGGAUGUCAUGGAAGCUAUUUGUUCUCAUUGUGGUUUGGAAUUUGACGAUAGUGACUUUGAAAGGAGUAGCGAUGAAGAGAAUGAGGACGAUGGCAAAGAUGAGGAUAUUGAGGAAGAGGAAGAGAAUGUUCGGCAAGAAGUUAAUGAUAUGAAAGAUAAUUCCGACGAUACGGAAAGUACUCAAAAAGGUGCAAGGUGGAGUUAUAUUCUCAAAGACAUUGAUAAAGCUCUUAAGGAUGCGCAUAUCUCUAUGGAAAAAUAUAAGUCUUAG